AUGUCCGCCGAAUCCGACUACGACAUCCUUCCGAAGUUCAUGAUCUGCUGCAUCGGCGCCGCCGGCGCCUCUGUGGUCAUCAUACUCUACCACUGCAUAGCCACGAGCGACGUGUGUGGCCUCCUACGCCGCGGCAUUUCAAGGCGGCAAGCGCCGCCGUCGUCUUCGGCGGCGCCGCCGCAGCACGAGUACCAAAGAUGCGUCGAGAUCUCGGUGUCGGAGCUAAUCCCAGCCCACAAGUACCAGAAGGGGGUCGGGGUGACCCGGGAGGGCGACGGCGUCUGCGCCGUUUGCCUGUCGGAAUUCGAGGACGGCGAAGAGCUGCGCACUUUGCCGGAAUGCAUGCACUCGUUCCACGUGGCGUGCAUUGAUAUGUGGUUCUACUCGCACACCAACUGCCCGGUUUGCCGGACGGAAGCGACGCCGUCGCUCCACGUGCUUAUACACUCGCUGGAUUCGAGUGUUCGAAGGUCGCCGCCGGCGCCGGGCCGGCCGCAGUCGCAGACAAAUGCAAUGAUGCCGAUGUUGAUAAGUGCUGUAAUACAUUAA